UCGAGGUAACGGCGUCGGGACGCUCUUGCGUCGCGACGACGCCGAAAGCUGGCACCUCAGUACACGCGGCUCGACGCCCGGGGAUGCGUCUGUCGUCGGGAUCUCGAGGAUUUCUAGCUAACGGAGAGACGAGAGAAAUUUCACGAUUACGUCAAGACUAAAUACAUAUUAUAUACGUAUAUAUAUUAAUCCCAAAUGUAUAUACACGUAUACACCAUAAAGAUAGACAGGGACACGCACGAAGUAAACAUUAAGAUAAAAGCAUAGAUACCCACGUAUGAAAACGUACAUACAAAUCAUACGAAUUGAACUAUAAUGAUAGAAAUUUGCCACGAGAAUGAGGGUGGCAUGGCUAUUACUAUGCUGGUUCCUAUCGGAGGACUGGAUUGGCGAUCUCAGUACUGUAGCAUUAACGAGUGAGGUGGUGCAGAAGGAGGAAUUGGAGGAGUCGUCAGAGAUUCAGGAAGUAGCUGAGGUGGUUGAGAAUUAUUCGUCCUCGACCUCGUCUGUACUGUCGGCUACUCACUUCAAUGAUUUUCCGAAUUUCGCCGGACCCAUUGGCAACGUGACAGCGGCCAGUGGACGCGAGGCUGUAUUAUCCUGCACGAUAAGAAAUCUCGGAAACUACAAGGUGGGAUGGCUUCGAGCGGAGGAUCAAACCAUUCUAUCCAUGGGUCAAAGGACGGUAACCCAUUCCUCUCGGUUCUCCGUGUUUUUGGAAAAUAUUAAACCAAAAAAUCCCACCAGGCGAAAGGACGAGGAAAGCACAACAUGGCGCCUGCAUAUUCGAUCACUCAGGGAAGCUGACCGGGGAUGUUAUAUGUGUCAAGUUAACACGAAACCCAUGUUGAGCCAGCUGGGAUGCGUGGAUGUUCUAGUCGCUCCAGAUAUAUUGACAUCCGGCACUUCAGAGGGUGAAGUUUCCGUUCUCGAGGGUGAGAACGCGACGCUCUCUUGUAAAGCAUCCGGAAGACCGCAACCGCUCGUCUUGUGGCGUCGUGAGAAGAACAAGUUCAUACUUGUACGUGGUUUGCACGAGCAGCUUGAACGAGUGGAUAGCGCAUUUGGCGAGAAACUCGAGCUUGCUCGAGUCGAUAGGAGACAAAUGGGCGCGUACCUUUGCAUUGCCAAGAACGAGGUGCCGCCAGCUGUCAGUAAGAGAGUCUUCCUUAGCGUCAAUUUUCCACCGAGCGCCAAAGUACCCAAUCAACUUCUGGGUUCGCCAUUGGAUACCGAUAUCUUAUUGAUAUGCAUGAUUGAAGCUUUUCCGCGGACAAUCAAUCUUUGGAGCAGAAGAGAUCAAGUUAUCAUGAAUGGGGAUAGAUAUGAAAUUCGUGAACAACGGCAUAGUGAAGAUGACUGGAAGACUACUAUUGAGCUGAAGAUACGUGGUUUGCAGAAAAUAGAUCUUGGCGAGUACACUUGUUCUGCUUCCUCCAGUAUGGGGAAAGCUGAAGCCACCUUGAGAGUCUAUGAAAUAGAACGGGCAACCAUACCAACUCGUUCCACGGCGAAUUGGAAAAACAUGCAAAGGACGAAACCUAAGGUUGCUCAGAUCACCACGUUAAAUCAAGUAUUUUAUCAGUUGAGUACACCAGCUAUGCAGAAAAGUACAUCAAGGCUUGUCCAUAAGCAUAUUUACGCCAGCACCACAGUAGAUCCUCGAGUAUCUCUGAACAGGAACAAUAACGCCUUUAAACACAACGACUUGUUGAAUCUACGUAACGAGGGAUCGAGAUCAGUGGGUGAGGUUUUUGUGUUUUACUUUGUAAUUUUGCUUCUAUUUUAUUCAUUGGACGUAAGAAGUGCCAUACUCUCAGUAUUGACAAAAUGUGUCAGAGUGACAGGUACAAGAGGAUAAUGGACAUUUGAUCAUGGUCGGGAUAGUCAGAUGGAUUUAUAAUCAAACGCAGACAAAUAAUUAGCGUAUUAAAAAAGGGACAAAAAAAGAUAUCUAGUCUUAAGUAUAGAUCGUAAGUUGGUGAAUAGACAAAAAAAUGUUUCAAAGGAUGUUAAUCACCGUCAUAUCCAUAUUAAAUUCAUAUCGGUAGAAUGUAUAAUGAUAUGAUAGACGUAGGCAGAAGGUUAUUUUGUUUAAUCAUAGUGACAAUUUAAUAUUUGAUAAUGCUAGGAACCUCGUGAUUCGAUCCAGUUGAUAGUUACGAAAUUAAGAAUGAUUGUCCCUGCAUGUGUAAUAAUCGUUAAUCGAGCAAGACUGUCAUAAUUAGUCACCGUUUACGGAUUAUAGAGGGAUAUAAUGGAAUAAGAAGGAAUCUAAGAGUUAAGUGUAUCAACCUACUAUACAUUAUGUCAAGAAGAGAAAAACGAUGCUCAAUAUAUUAAAAUUACGAUUACUAUAUUUAAUGAGAACGUUGUUGUUUAUAGAAAAAUAUAUAUUGUGGAUAUACCAAGAAAAAAAUCAGAAAAAAAAAGUACGGGGUUCCAAGGGAGUAUCUGCUCAAAUCGGAUUAAUUAUACAGCUUUGCCAAAGUAACGUGUUGACAAAUAAAGGGUAUCAAAAA